GAGAGAGAGAGAGGAAGUUUGUCUUCCUCUUCCAUCACUGGAGGAUCACUUCACCUCUUCAGCAGCCAACUAAUCAAACAGGGCGGAAAUGUAAAAGCUAAGAUGUUGAAUUCUUCGAGUCCAGCCCAGAAGAACCUCAGUGAAGAGGACAGCUCUGGAUCUGAACCGGAGACAGACCGCUUUGGCUUCAUCUUAACCAAUGGGUCCACAGCUGGGAGUUUGGGCCCGCCACCUGAACUGGUCAGGCAGAGGGAGGCCAAGUGGAUAAAGAUCAUUGACCAAUGGGAUCGCAUCUUGUCGAAGAAGAGCAGUAAGGUCAAAGUGCAGUGUCAGAAAGGAAUCCCUGCCUCGCUCAGAGCCAAGUGCUGGCCUCUGCUGUGCGGAGCUGCCAACAGGAUGAAACAGCAUGAAAACCUCUACGAGACUCUGGAUGAGCAGCCAGCUCUGCAGAGUUGGGUGGAUGUGAUCGAGAGAGAUCUGGACCGGCAGUUCCCUUUCCACGAGAUGUUCCAGUCCAAAGACGGACACGGGCAGCGUGGUUUGUUCCGGGUGUUGAAAGCUUACACCCAGUAUCAGCCAGAUGAGGGUUACUGUCAGGCUCAGGGGCCGGUGGCUGCAGUGCUGCUGAUGAACAUGCCUGCUCAGGAGGCCUUCUGGUGUCUGGUUCAGAUCAGUGAGCAAUACCUGCCUGGAUAUUACAGCCCUCUGCUGGAGGGAGUACUGUUCGAUGCGGCCAUGCUGACCUGGGUUUUGAAAAAGACGUGUCCAGCUGCACACAAACAUCUGCAGAACCACGGAGUGGAGCCCCUCAUGUUUGCCACCGACUGGCUGAUGUGUCUGUUCACACGUCACCUUCCAUUCAACACACUUCUCCGAGUCUGGGACCUCUUCUUCUGCUAUGGCGUCCGGGUGCUGCUACAGGUUGCAGCGGUGCUGGUGCGCCGGGUGUUGGGUCGAGCUGAACAGAGGAAGCAAUGUCAGGGCCAAAUGGAGACUUUGGAGAAGUUGAGGGGUGUUAAGGAGCAGGUCCACGAUGAAGAUGACGAAUUCAUAGCAGAGGUGUGCUCUGUGCCACUGUCGGGCAAAGAUUUGGAAAAGCAGACGGAGAAGGAGCUGGAAAAGUGGAGGAAAGAAAAACCAUCGUCCACGUUUGACCCCAGAGGUCGCUGCCAUGGAUACCGGAAGGCGUGGGCUAGAGCUCGGCAGCAUGAAAUUGAGAAGGAGAGGAAAGAGAGAGAGAAAGGGAACCUCUCUGUCCCACUAACUCGCUCAGCCUCCUCUCUCUCACUGUCUCCUUCCCUCCUUCACAAGAAGUGGAGGAAAGCAGGAAAAGGGAACACAGUUGACUCUGAAGGCAGUAACAAAGUAGUGAGGCAUCUUUCAAUGGGAGGAAGGGAGGACUGGAAAAGCUGGAAUGAGUUUGACUUUAAGAAGGUACAAGGAGUCAAAGAGGAGGAGGAUGUAGUUUCAGAGGGACAAAAAGAGGGACAAACUGAACAGAAGGAAAUUUCACAGACGCCUGACAAGAUGCAAGAAACCAAAAAUAUCCAAACAGAAGAAACAGCAGCAGGAAAAGAAAAGACUGAAAACACGGAAAAAGGAGUUGCUGAAAUUGAGGAAAGCAGUGUCAAAGAGACAGAAACAGGUGAUGUUAGAGAGACGGAGAAAAGUGUUGUCAGGGAGACGGAGAUGAGUGUUGUCACAGAGCCAAGUGAUGUCAGAGAGACAGACUCAAGUGAUGUAAGGGAGACAGAGACAAAUGAUGUCAGCAAAACAGAAGCAAGUGUUGUAAGGGAGACAGAGACAAGUGUUGUCAGGGAGACGGAGACAAGUGAUGUCAGGGAGACGGAGACAAGUGAUGUCAGGGAGACGGAGACAAGUGAUGUCAGGGAGACAGAGCCAAGUGAUGUAAGAGAGACAGAGACAAGUGAUGUCAGGGAGACAGAGCCAAGUGAUGUCAGCAAAACAGAAACAAGUGUUGUCAGAGAGACGGAGACAAGUGAUGUAAGAGAGACAGAGCCAAAUGAUGAGAGCAAAACAGAAACAAGUGAUGUCAGGGAGACGGAGACAAUUGAUGUCAGGGAGGCAGGGGAAUGCAAACUCAGUGAUAUGGAUGAAACCAAGCUGACUGAGAUAAAUGAAAGCAAAAUGCUUUCAGAAGCAAAACAAGAAGAAAAGGUAGCCCCAGAUCAGACUGUUGAAAAUAUUCUUCAUCCCACUGAUUAUACACCUCACUGUGAACAAGAAGAAAAGCUGGACGCAGAGAGCGAAUCACAAGUGCUGGAAGAACAAAGUCAUAAUAGCGAAGACCAGGAAGUAGAGCUCAAAGACACAAAUGAAGAGGCAGAGAAACACGUGGUUGCUGUGGAGGAAAACCACAGUGAGACACCGAGAAUAGCCGAAGCAGAUACAAACACAGAGGACGAGAUGCAAAUGGGUGUAAACGCAGGUGAGGAGCAGAGGAUACAAGCUGACGUGAAAUCAGAAGAGAGUGCUGACACUGAAAGUGUGCAACAGGUGGAGAUGGACACAGAAGUUACGGAGUCUAAAAGUGAGACAAGUGUGGACACAGACAGAGGUGUUGAAGCUUUAACUGUUGAUGAUCAGAACAGUGCAGCACAGGCAGAAACGCGACAGGAAAAGGAAGAGCUGAGCAAGGAGACAGAAAAAGGUGCACUUGAAGUAAAAUACCACAGUACUGAGUCAUUAGUAGAAACAGAAAAGGAAGCAGAGUCCCACACCCAAAGAGACACAGAAAAUGAGGUUCUGACACAUAAUCAGGAAAAUUCAGCCACACAGUGCGAUAUAAAGGUAGAAAUUACAGAAGUAGAUUCAGAACAACGAGAAGAUUCAAAGACAGAAAUAGAGCUAGAAGAAGAAAUAUUAAUGCUGUCUUCACCUGAAUGCACUCAACAAAAAGAAAGCACUGGUGCAGUAGAUGAUACAGAGACUAAAGCUGAGAUAACAGUAGAAAAAGACACAGUGGAGGCGUCAAAUAAGGCAACUGAAGAAAUCGUUUUGAAUGUACACUCGGAGGCACAGGUUGAAAGUGAUUCAUGGAUCUGUGCUCAAAAAAUCACAGAGGAAACACCAACAGAAACUCAGACUUAUGAGAAGCCUGCAGACUCUGCAACACCCAUGGAAACGGAAGAGUCUUCAGCACCAGCUGAUCAGCUCAACCACACCACUGAGCCUGAUGAGGAAAGCUCAGUACAAAUUAGUUCCUCCGAGACACAAGCACCUGAACAGACAACAAGCCAGGUUACUGUGGGUCCUGAAGACUCAAAUCAAAAGGUUCAACAAGUGGAGCCCACGCAGGAGGAAGAAAUUACUGAAAAGGUUAAACAAACACCAGCAGGAGAGGACGAUGUCUUCAUUUCUUCUGAGCCAACAAAUGUUCCCCAAGUCCAAUGUUCUCAAUCUGCAAAAGAGCCCCCGGUACAAACCCCUGAGCGUCGCAGCAGUCGAUCAUCUGCUGAUUUCUGCGUUCGCAAGUCAUCCACCUCACGUAGCUCCAGGCUAGCCCGCAGGCUUUCCGAGGAUCUCUUCACCACCCCACAGAAAACUUCAGAAAAUCAACCAGAAGCCAAACUCACAGAGUCACAGUGCAAUCCUAAAGCUGUGACCUCAAAACAAGCUGCUCCUGAUCUGGUGCCGCCUGCAGCAGCAGCAGCAGCAGCGACAGCAGCAACAGCAACAACAGAGGAAGCCCCCACACAGCAGCAGCCACAGCCCGAUACCCCUAAACGUUUUGGUCUCUUCCGCAGACUGAGAGGUGAGCAGCACAAAGACAACAAGGCUAAGAAGGCACCCAAAAUGCAAGUGCCGAAAAUCUUGAUUCAAGACUUCAGUGAUAUGCCAGAGACUGGGAAUGCGGCUGAGGAAGAGGCGGGGGACAAACUGAACUCCAAGGAGAGGAGGCGGCGGCGGAGGGAACAAGCAAGAAAGGAGAAGGAAGAGGAGAGGAUGAAAAAGAAGAAAGAGAAAGAGUUGGAGAAGGGGAAGGGGAAGGAAAAGGAGAGGAGGAAGCCACAGACGAGAGGGAAAAGUUUUCAGGUGCAAAAAGAGAAAAGUAGCGAUGACGCUGCUCAUCCUGCAAAGACUGACUCACAGACAAUUCAAAGACAUUCUGCAGGUUAUGCCGAGGCUUAUUUUUGACAUUACUCAGAUUCUGCAUCACUGCCUUUCUCUCUUUGAGGAAUUCCCUCAUCCUAAAUAUUUCUCAUACUUGAACUUUUCGAUAUGUAAAUAAAUAAUAAAUGACGUUUACAUA